CUCAACUGAGUUAAAGCACCCCGUCGUCGUCUCGUACACUUUUUACAAACGAAUACUUAAACAUGUCCAUUGCUGAGAAGGCUACCGCUCUUGCUGCCCUGAUCCUCGCCGACGACAACGUCGAGAUCACCGCCGACAAGCUUGAGGCUAUCACCAAGGCCGCUGGCGUCAGCGUCGAGCCCAUCUACUUCAGCCUGUUCGCCAAGGCUUUCGAUGGUGUCAACGUCGCUGACCUCCUGACCAACGUCGGCUCUGCCGCCGCUGCCGCCCCUGCUGCUGGUGGUGCCGCCGCCGGUGGCGCUGCCGAGGAGGCCGCUGAGGAGGAGAAGCCCGCCGAGGAGGAGGAGGAGUCCGAUGAUGACAUGGGCUUCGGUCUGUUCGACUAA